UCCUGUUUACAUUUGUCACAUUUGACACUUGCCACCUGUCCAUUGCCAACUCCAUAUUCAAUGGACAAGAAGAUAUGAAAAAAAUAUUCUGUAUGGAAUGGCACAAGAAGAAGAUGGGAAAAGAAAGUUUAUAUUAUUGUUGCGAUCACCAACUGAAGGAGGCAUAGACCAAUAUCAUAAGACAUUAGAAAGUGAAGAAUAUAACCCUGUAAGUGUUCCAGUUCUGAAGUUUAACUUUAUCAACAUUGAUGAAUAUACUGACAGACUGUCAAACUAUACCAGUUACCAUUCCAUAGUGUUUACAAGCCAACAAGCUGUUAAAGCCACACAGGAAGUCAUCCAGUCAUGGAAUGAAGGCAAGCAAUCAGAGCUAGUCAAAAGUCUUACUUGUUAUGUAGUUGGAAAGGCAACAGCAAAGACAGCUAGACAGCUAGGAUUCAGUCCUAAUGGAGAAGAUUCUGGUAAUGCUGAUAAUCUUUGUGAUUGUAUACUGCUAGAAAGGGAUAAAUCAGAAGAGAGGCCAAUUUUAUUUCCAUGUAGUAAUAUCAGAAAAGAUACUAUAAUAGAAAGACUAUGUUCUAAAGGGGUGCCAGUAGAGGAAUUAAAUGUAUAUGAGACAGUACAUAGAGAUGACAUUACAGAUGAAAUUAAAAGAUUGGUUGAUAAAUAUGGUAAACCAUUUGCAGUUGUAUUCUUCAGUCCAUCUGGAGUUCAGGCUUUAAAGAAGAAUAAUCUGUUAGAGAUUUUAAGAUCAUCAAAGUUUCGGAGUAUAUUCAUAAUGAAGAGUAAUGUAGUUCAGUAAAUAAAUGCAGGGGAAAAAACACAGCGAGAAAAGAAAGGAUUAUGGGUAGAUAUACGUCAGACAAAAUUACUAGUACUUAGAAAUACCUUUUAUAUCCAAGGAACAGUUGUUCUUCGUCUUGAUAGAUGUCUGAAUGUCUUCUACGAGAAAAAAAAAAGAAUUUCCUUAUUCAGAACCAUUUAUCUUUACCAUUUCGAUGAAGGUGUAUAAAUGCUCUUUUUGUUGAUUAAUUACAUUGCAUAUUAAAUACAACCUUUAAAAAUGUAAGUCUGUAUGAAUGUGAACUUUUUCUAAAUAUGAAACGAUUAGUUUUCUAGAACGUUUUCACACAUAAAAAAAUAAAACGAUUUUCUUUCAAAAGGCGUGUCUUAUAGCUCCGCUUCGAAAACAUUCUGUGAAUAAAAGAACGGGCAUCCGGAUAUCGUUUAGUAACACGUGAAUCCAGAUACCAUACACUAGAACAGAAAUCCAGAUACCAUAAACUAGAAUGGGAAUACCAGAAACUAAAACGUAAAUCCAGAUACAUAAACCAGGACGUGAGUCCAAAUACCAGAAACUAGAAACCAGCAACAAGAAAAUAGGAGAUGAAUCUAGAUACCAUAAACUAGAACAGGAAUCUAGAUACCAUUAAUUAGAAGAUAAAUCCAGAUACCAUAAUCUAGAUACCAUUAACUAGAAAAUAAAUCUAGAUACCAUAAUAUAGAACGUGAAUCCAGAUACAUAAACCAGAACGCGAAUCCAGAUACCAGAAACUAGAACGUGAAUCCAGAUACAUAAACCAGUACGUGAAUCCAGAUACCAGAAGCUACAACGUGAGUCCAGAAAGUAGAACGUGAAUCCAAAAACCAUACACUAAAAUGAGUGUCCAGAUAUAAUAAAAUUUAACGGGAAUCCAGA